CACGAGCUAUGGUUUGUGUUUGCGGGGAGACCUCUUCGAUUUUCUCUGCAAUAAUUUCAUGCGAUUACUGGACUGAACACGGAAGACGAUAAGACUUGUGAUUUCAGUGAUUAGGUUGAUGAUGGCGGGUUCUGGAGUAAGUUGUUGAGAAGCAAACGUGGAAUUACUUUGUCUAACAUAGAAACUAAGUAUCUUGGGCGUGUCAACAAAUGGACGCGUGAAGACAGGUUGCGGUUAGUGUACUUGUAUGUUAUUGCUUCUCUGGUAAUGGCAAAGAGCAAGACCAUUAAUAUCCCAAAAGAAUAUAUCAUUCUUGUUAUGGAUCUGGAGAAGCUACGGAAGUACCCAUGGGGACGUGUAGCGUUUGAUUUUCUAGUGCAGAGUAUCAAGAAAGUUCGUGUGAAGUUGACGCAAUCUACAGGUUGUCUUCAAGAUUGGACGAUGUGAUCGCUGGUGUUGCUAGAUGCUCUAAGUGGAACAGCAUUAGCUAUGUGAAAAUUUCAGAUCUUAAGCAUAUCGAACAUACGUUUUGCACGAAGGAGAAGCUCUAUCACUAUAUCUCUUCCACUGGGAAUGAUGAUGUCGUCGAUUCUUUGGACUUCGUAUGGCCUGAUGAAAUGGCUGACACAAGAGUGGAUCGUCUUAAAACGAUGAUCAAUGAUGGAAUGGAUUGGAGUCACCAUAAUUGGGCGGUAGAAGAAGCAAUACCUGCAACUCUUGACGAGAAUGAGGAAGCAACAGAUGAAGAGAAUGAGAAUGUCGCAGAAGAAAGCCAAUUUAGGACACCACCUGCUGUAGGUAGCUCAGUUGCAGGUUCGAGUCGAGGAAAGAAAAGGGUCGCUGAACCUGGUGCAGAAACACGGAAGCAGAAGUUGAUGUGCAAUCGAUCAGCUGCGAAAGCCAUCGAUGAGGACUUUAAGUCUUUUAUUCAAGGACUUUUGCAGACCUCGUUAAAAGCUUUGGAGGAGAGACUUCAGACGAAGAUUGAUAGUCGAGUAGAGCUGUUGGAGAAGAAAAUGGAAAACAUAGUGGAGAUGCUUGAGAAGAAGAUUAUGGAACCCAUCCAAGCAGGUGGAUUCACUACUGCUACUCCCACCGCAGCAAAAUCAUUAUCUGGUACAGCUGGUGUCAUUCCUUUACCGGCAAAAACAUCUACCACUGAUGUUCCCAUAUUUGCAGAAAAAUCACUAUCUGGUACAGCUGGUGUCGUUCCUCUACCGGCAAAAACAUCUACCACUGAUAUUCCCAUAUUUGCAGAAAAAUCACUAUAUGGUACAGCUGGUGUCAUUCCUUUACCGGCAAAAACAUCUACCAGUGUCAUCCCUUUAGCUGCUUAAGCGUCAACAAUUGCCGCCUCCAAAUCCAUAACGAGGUCUGCAGGUGCUAUUCUAAGCAAUGGAGAGACUUCGCACCCUUCCAAAAAGGUAAGGAAGCGCAGAAAUACUAAGACCUGAUGCCCUAGAAUCAAAAAUAAUGUCUUUUUUUUUAGCCUACGAUGUGUUCUGUAUAAUAAAAAGAUAAUGUAUUUGUUAGAUUUGUGUGUGUGGUAGUAUUAUUUUUAAAAUGUAAUAUGUGUGUUUAGAAAC